UGGGCGUGGUGCCUGUUGGUGGUGACGGUGACCGCUGCGACGAGUGACGCUGGCGGCAGCGCCGUGAGCGUGUCGUGCGCGCGACCGACGCGGCUAUCGGCGUGCGGGCUGCGGGCGACGCUGCUGCCCCCGCCCACGGAGGUGCAAGGGGCGGGGGCGGAGGCGGGGUGCUCGACGCUAUGUGCGGGGCGUGCCCUGCUGGAGUGGGCGCCCGGCCGCUGGUCGCCCUGCGCGCCCCUCACUGCGGAGGGAGGCGGGGCGUGCGCCGGCGCCUGGGGCCCCGCGCGCGUGCUGCUGCGAUGCGGCGCAGACCGCGCCCACGCGGACGUCUCCUGCGAGGGCCACCGCCGUGUAAGGAGGGACGAAGAGGCGGAAGACGCCGCCGCCGCCGCCGGGGAAGAAGCGGAGGGUGAAGGCGAAGAGGACGCCGCCACUGAGAUGGCGCCUGUGGGGGACGACGCGGGAGCAGAGGCGGAAGCCGAGGCAGGAGCCGAAGCAGAGGCGGACGCAGGUGAUGCACCUGAAUCUGACGGCACCGCGGAGCCACCGACGGAGGCGCCCGCCGCCGCCGGCCCGGAGGAGGAGGCGGCCCCCGCCGACCCCACGGAGGAGACGCCAGCGGAGGCGGGCACCGACAUCGCCCCGGCCCCUGCCGACCCCCCGGAGGACGCUACGACGCCCCUCGCGCCCGGCGACGGCGGCGGCGGUGGCGAGGGGGCGUCCGACGCAGACGGGGCGGUGGAGGCGGAAGCGGGGCCGUCGGGGCCCCCUGGCGAGGCGCCGCACGAGUGGGAGAGCACGCUCACCAUCGUGCUGGGCGCGCUGGUAGCCGUGCUGCUGGUGGGCGUCGCCGUGGGAGGAUUCGUCCUGUGGCGCUGGUGAGUGCUCGGGGCGCGCUGAUGGGCGUGGCCGUG